UGAGUGGUGAAAAUUGAUCAGUCUCGGUUCGGAUCGAACGACGGUUUUGGCAGUGAAAUUGCUGUUGUCAGUGAUUCACUGCGUGAUCUGAGUUUACAAUACAUUUGCUACCAAACAUCAUCAUAUUGGAUGAAAUACGUAUAAUAUAGUAUUUUUUCCGAUGAUCUUACUCACUCGAGACUUGUGUAUCUUCACAAGAUAGCGACACACUCAAUGCUACGAGUACCUGUACGACGUAGACCGUAGUAUUUCGUGCUUGCUCAUGCCGCGCUCCACUAUCCAUACCAUAUCUCAUCGGGGCAAGAAAACGCCGCCGGCCCAGCCAAGCACCUGACGUGACCAACCAACAUAGUGCCCAACCCCUCUUUUGUUUCGACGACAGUAGAUCUACUAAAAACAGAACAUUUUAGUAGAGCAGUAAUACUUCACUUCGCUGAACUUGACUCGAGUUUAAAAUUUAAAAUUUAAAUCAAGGAAGGAUGCUAGCAUCAAGAAGUGUAAGAAGUAUAUCCUUGCAGCGUGUUUCAGCCAUCCUGAGGCAAUUGAGGAUGUCAUCAACUGCAGCAGGUUCAGAAGAUGAUGCUCUCUUCGAAAAGAUAAAUUCAACUGGUAUCAUUACACUAAACAGACCAAAGGCCCUCAAUGCCCUUGAUUUGUCUAUGGUCAAGAAAAUUACACCAAAGCUAAAAGAAUGGUGUGAAGAUCCUUCUACAUCAGUUGUUAUCAUAAAGGGUUCUGGGGACAAAGCUUUCUGUGCAGGAGGUGAUAUCAAAGCUGUAACAGAAGCAGGCAAGUCAGGAGACCCUCAGGCAGGGGAUUUCUUCAAGAAUGAAUAUGUAUUGAACUACACCAUUGGAACCAUGAAGAAACCAUACAUCGCAUUUAUCCAUGGCAUUACCAUGGGAGGGGGUGUAGGUCUGUCUGUCCAUGGUAGGUACAGAGUAGCAACAGAGAAGACACUUUUUGCCAUGCCAGAGACUGCUAUAGGACUCUUCCCUGAUGUAGGAGGUGGUUACUUCUUACCAAGGCUUGAUGGGAAACUAGGUAUCUACUUGGCUUUAACUGGCUACAGGUUGAAAGGUCGCGAUGUCCUGCACGCUGGAGUAGCUACACACUUUGUAGAAGCUCAAAGAUUACCAGAAUUGGAGCAAGAACUGUGUAGUUUACAAUCAGCUCAACAUGCGCAGGUUCAAGAAGUUCUUAAUAAAUUCCAUGAACAGUGUACGAUAGAUGUGGACAAACCAUUCUCUUUGGCACCUCAUAAAUCAAGUAUAGACAGGUUGUUUGAUGCCGAUACUGUAGAAGCUAUACUCCAGAAUCUUGAGCAAGAUGGAUCAGAAUGGGCUAUUAAACAACUUGAGACUCUCAAAAAGAUGUCGCCUACCUCUAUGAAAAUCACCUUGCGUCAGUUAUUAGAAGGCGGCAAACUGACAUUGGGCAACUGCCUCUCAAUGGAAUAUAGGAUUGCAGAAGGAUGCAUCAGAGGGCAUGAUUUCUACGAGGGAGUGCGAGCUGUACUCAUCGAUAAGGACCACACCCCCAAAUGGUCACCAGCAACGCUAGAAGGAGUCGGUGAAAAUAUUGUCACAAGUCAUUUUAGUCCGCUUGGCAAACAAGAACUUAUACUCUGAUCUGAUCCCCUUGACAUUCAUGCCUACAAUGCUGCCCUCAUAUAACAUGAGCCUAAGGGAGUAAUUCUGUAUUUCUUGUAAAGCAGUUUUAUUUGGGAGAAACUUUCCAGAGAUCGUUCUGGAUGGGUAAAUGGUGCCCAUAAACAAUGAAGGAUAAUAAAUUAAUACGGGUAAUUGCAUGAUACAGAUUUUAUUUUCACCCUCUUGCAUAGUAGAAAGAGUUGAAGUCUAGUCAAACUGCUUCUUUGUUUUAGUUUAGAGCGAACUCUCACCUUUUGUAGCAAAAAUGAAUGAUAAGUCAUCCAAGAAUCAAGUUACUCAAUCAGAAACAUUCCUUAAACAAUUUUAGAAAUGACAAAAUAAAAUGUUAAAUUAUGAGUUUAACAUUGUUUGACAAUGGUCUUGCUCAACAUUUUAGUAAAAAAGAUUAUAUAUGAUUCAAAUUAUGGCUAUUAAACUAUGUUUUAAGACAAAGCCAAGAAAUUUGUGAUUACAAAUAGGUUUUAGAUAUGGUGUUAGCGGUCUCUUUUAUCAUGAAAUGAUAAGAAAUAAAUUUAUUUCAAAUCUUGAUUCUGAAAUAGAAGAAUAUUAUGUGAAAGAAACAAUGCAAUAAACUGUAAUUAGUUAGCUAAUUUGUGUGGUUUAGAUGAAUUUUCAAGAUGUACCAUUUUGAAUUGCUUGUACUUUCAUUCAUGUACAUGAUUAGUAUUGAUUUGUGUGAAUAAUAUAGUGUACAGAGAUAAAGUACUGAAGUUUGUAGCAAAAACAAGAAAUGGGUCAUUUUCCCCUUUUUUCACAAACUCUAGUGACUAGUCUUCUUUCAUCUUUAGGAAACCUUGUUUCUAAAAUGUGUUCAGGUCUGGGGCUUUCCAUGAAAUAACUUGACACAUAUUUAAUUACAAUUGUUAGCAGCUACUGAAAUCCUGGGAAGCUGAUUGGCUGAGUGCAGAUUUGUCAGGAGAAUUCACUUAACGAGAAUCUUCGUAAAAUGUUCCCCUGAUUGGGAGAUAGAAAGUGGGGAUAGAAAACAGGUAAGUUACUUAAGAGAUGUAGCAUAGAGGUGUCAUCUUCAGACACCAUUAAAGGCCCAUUCUCUAAUCUAAAGUUGUAAUUAAGCUUUGGAUAGCCAAAUAUAACCCAGUUCUCUAAGAAUAUAAGUUGAAUAAAGAAGGAUGCAUUGAUCUACAAGGUCUAAUCACCCCCACGACGUCAACAUUCAUGAGGUAAUUUACUAUUGGGUAAUGAACAGCUUUAUAAUUAAAAAAAUGCUGCAAAAUACUGAAAAAUUAUGUGUGACGUUUCCACCUGAGAGAAAUUGUUCAUAUUUUGGUGGUUGAUAUUUUUAUGUAUAAAGAAUGAGAUUUGUAUUUAAUCACGUGAUGGUGAUGAAUGUAGUUAUUCAAGAAUCAUUGUGCAAAAUUGAUUUGCAUUGCAUUAUGUUUAGAAGAGUUCGCAUGAUUUAUCUGAAAAGUGAAGUUAGCGAGUAAAUAAUUUUUGUUGUGCUAUGUGGUAUUAAUUCCCAGUGGAGUACUUCGUGAGAGGACUUGUCAGAUGUGUUAUCCCACAAAGUAUACUUUAUUAGCAAGCUCCCAUAUGAAGUAUGCUUUUUAGCCAAUCAAAAUGAAGGAAAUUGGUCAGAUCUAACAACUUGCCAGAUGACAAAUGUUGAUGAAACUCUUGUGGAGAUUUAUAUUUUGAGUCAUUAACUGUACAAGGGGUUUUGGCUGCAAAUUCAAAAGUGUAUUUAGCACACCACUAUGAACUCAAAUUUGGAAUGGGCAAGAUUCUGCCAUGCUCUACUCUAAAGAUUUUUAAAAGGGCAGAUGUGCUGUAUUGUGCACACAAGAUAUGCUUGUUAGCAAGAAUUUCCUACCUGGUUCAAUAAAUUCAAAGGAACUGAUAGGCUUACUGCCAAAUGCUACUAAUAACAGCCUUCAUUUUAACAUUUUCUGUUUCUGUUCAUGGUAACUCCCGUGGGAACUUGGCAUGACAGCUUUUUGCUGGUAAACGCCAAGCUGGUAUAUAACCAUUUACCUAGCUAGGAAACAUUUUACGUCUAGGUUAAUCGGUCAUAGUGGCUGAUGGUAUAGGCGACAGAUAUUACUCUUGGGUCUUUUUAUCAAAGUGGAGACAAUGGCAGAGUGGGGAUUCGAACUCACAAUCUUACGAUUAUGAGUCCAAUGCUACAACCACUGGACCUCACGACAUGUGUGGUCUAGUUUUAUGCAGCUCUCAUAUAAUGAAGAUAUUAUCUGGCACUUUUACAAAAUAGCAAAAAUGUUCCCUAUAACAGAAAGAACUAUAUUGCUCUUGUCUUAAAAACUUGGCAAUGUGAUUGUAUUCCCUUUGAGGCUAGUCAUGUAAGUAUAAUAUUAAAAAGGUAUUACUUUGGUACAAUUGAUAUUUAUGUUAGCACAGGGUAAGAGAUAGAUAUAUAUUUUAUACAGAGCAGUGUUAUCAAUCAUCAAUAUGUUGAACACACCCCUCGAUGUGAAUGUUCAUCGUAAUAUUCAUGGUAUUGGUUUGUACCUAGAUCUUCAACCAUCUGCAUAAUGAAUUUGCUCAUUGCUGUAACAAAUUGUUUGGUAGUUUGCUUAUGCUCUGAUCCAUAUGGUAACCCACGUUAUGAAAAUAAUUGAUGAAUUACAGUGGUUUCUUCAGGAAGCAUAGUGACAAAUUUGAGUGAUGUGAUAUUCAUUUUUUUUUAAGUUAAUCUUCAUGUUGGUCUUCCAAAGAGUUUGGAAUACCAGUAGGUGGUUAUUAUGCCAGUAAAUGAUGUUCAGAUAUUCAUAGGCACAAUACAAAGUGAUUAAAUACAAUAAAAAAAUAAAAUACCAAACUUGACUUUGUUUGUAUUAAAUAUUUGAUGAAAUAUA